UUUGAAUUCAACAUGGCUGCCAAGUUCUUAUCAGCGUGUCAGACGUCAGUAUUUUCUAUAGAAAUAUCGACCUAAAAUAGAGAAUUGUGUUUUUAUAAAUAGAAUUUAUAAUCACAGGAUCCUAUUUUUGGAUUAAGCGGUUCUUAAUUAGCGCAACUUUGCAUCUUACUGAAUUGUAUAUAAUAAAAUAAAAAUAACUUGAGCUCCUGUUUUGUUCAGUGCUACAAUAACAAACCUUGUUUUUUGUAUUUAAUUUUAUUACGUCACGAUGGUCCUCAGACGGGAUUACCUGACGAAACAUUAGUGAUUAAGUGGAAUUGUUCGUAUCUGAGGUCGUGAUGAUUCACUAGGUUAACUUACAAUCGUAUGUCAAGUGGUGAUCAUUAUUAUUGUUAGUGGGCUCGUCGCGUCCGGGCGUUGACUUAUCAAAUAGGAAUCCAGUAACUCGGUAAUAGAUGAGAUGAUUGAGAGCGUUUCACGCCGCGCAUUCAGUAGUUCAAGUGGUACGUACAACGUACGAGCUUCAGAACUAGCCAGGGAAAGGAAACUGAACAUAUUUAAUGUCACAGUUCAGUUUUUGGAUGAUACCCAGCAGUCUUUUCAAAUCGAAAAAAAAGCAAAGGGCAGUGUCCUUCUAGAACAAGUGUAUCAACAUAUAGAGUUAGUAGAGAAGGACUACUUUGGCUUGCAGUUUACGGAAAAUGGAUCUCCACCAAGUGCCACCAACACUGAAAUAACUCGCUGGCUGGACAGCAGCAAAUCAGUCAAGAAGCAAGUGGGAGGCAAUGCUGUAUUCUGGCUGGCAGUACGGUUCUAUCCUCCAGAGCCAUCUCGACUGGCCGAAGAGUACACUAGAUAUCUAUUGUGUCUACAGUUGAGAAAGUUACUACUUGACGGAAGGAUCAAUGCGCCCAAAAAUACUGCCUUGUUAUUGGCUUCAUUCACUGCGCAAGCCGAAUUAGGCGAUUACAACGUGUCAGAGCACCCACCGAACUACCUAUCAGAAUUCUCGCUACUACCGAAACAAACCGCGGAGGAUGAGCGUCGUAUAAGGGAGUUACAUAAGCUGCAUAAGGGCCAGGCCCCGGCUGACGCUGAGGCCAACUUUUUGGAGCACGCGAAGAGAUUGGACUGUUACGGUGUUGAAUCACACCCGGCUAAGGAUACCAACGGCAAAGACAUAUUUAUUGGCGUGACGUCAAUAGGUAUAGUAGUCUUCCAGAACAGUAUACGAGUGAACACAUUCUCUUGGAGUAAAAUCGUCAAGAUUUCUUUCAAGAAGAAACAGUUCUUUAUACAGAUUAAAAGAGAGCCGUCUGAAACUUACGACACCGUGUUGGGUUUCAACAUGCGUUCAGGACGCGCCGCUAAGGCCCUCUGGCGGUGUAGUGUGGAACGCCACGGCUUCUUCAGACUACGGGCCCCUAGACGGAGGCCCCUACUGGGGGCCUUAGGGGCCUUAGCUGGGAUCACUGCCCCGACCGUGCCUAGGACCGAAACGCAAGCUUUGGAAGAUGCAAGGAGGUCUAGAUCGAUCAAUCGAAGCUUUGUUCGCCGCAGCAGCUCGCGCACGGGCGCGCGCGCGGCGUCGCCAAGCGCGGACGCGGCGCACGCGGGCGCAGGCGCGGGCGCGCGCGGCGCUCGCGUCACUGCGCAUGCGCCGCCUGCGCCGCGCCCCGCCUGGACGCUGGACACGGACGACGCCGACGUCUCCCUACAUGACGACGGCGGCUUUUUAGAACGCGUACUCCGCGUACCUCUUUCGUACGUGGACGAAUCAUCUUCGGCAUCAGAAGCGGGAGUGGAGGAGUCAGUGUGUGUGCGGCUGCGCCCCGGCCCGGACGGACGGUUCGGGUUCAACGUCCGGGGCGGGGGCGGCGCGCCCGUGCUGGUGUCGCGCGCGGCGCCCGCCACGCGCCCGCACUUGCAGGAAGGAGACCAGGUCAUAUCAAUAAACGGAACGGACGUGGAUGAACUGACACACGAACAAGUCGUACAAAUUAUACGUAAUACGAGAGGAGUACUCACACUCAUCGUCAAGCCUAAUGCGGUAUACGAGCCCGAAGACGGCGGUACAGAAGAACCGACGGUAUGCUUCGUUCCGAACUCGGGCGAGUUCGAGGGAGACGCUCUAGAACAAUCGAUGUUGUUGCUAGGCGACGGAUUGGCCAAUGGCGCGGCGUUGACUCAGUACGAGACGUUGUUGAGAAGAUUGCCCGAAGAACCAGCGGCUGUGUCAAAACUGCCACACAAUUUGAACAAGAAUCGAUACAGGGAUAUUGCGCCUUAUGAUUCAACUAGAGUAGUAUUGAAAAACGGACCAACUGGCGAUUACAUAAACGCGUCGUACAUCAACAUGGAGAUACCUAAUUCAGAUACGGUCCUCACGUACAUUGCUACGCAAGGCCCUCUGUCGUCGACAGUGGGAGACUUCUGGCAGAUGGUGUGGGAGAGCGAGAGCAGUUUAGUUGUUAUGCUGACCGUACUUGCUGAGAGGGGCAGGGCUAAGUGUCACCAAUAUUGGCCUAAGGUUAGCAGUACGCCGCUGAAGGCUACCAAAGAUCUGACAGUGUAUACGAACAGCGAACAAAACUAUGGACAUUAUGUGAGGAGAGAGAUCACAAUAAAGGAGAGUGGCGGUGGUUCCCGCAACAUAACCCAAUUGCAGUACACGGCGUGGCCCGACCACGGCGUGCCUGAAGAUUCCGCUGCGUUCAUAUCAUUCACUCAGCUUUGCUCGCAAUUGAGAAACCACCGAGCUGUAAUACCAACGGUGGUGGAGGACACUCCAGGCCCGGAACGUAUCUUGGACCCACCGAUGGUGGUCCACUGCUCAGCGGGAGUGGGCCGCACGGGGGCAUUAAUAUUGGCAGAGACCGCCAUACAGCUUCUACGUACGCGGCAGCCCGUGUACCCGCUCGACCUCGUGCGGGCGAUGAGGACGCAGAGGCCCAUGUGUAUACAGAACGCUAGCCAGUACAAAUUUGUAUGCGAAAGUAUACAAACUGCGUACGCGCAGGGCCACAUCAAACCACCGUCGGAAAACUCCAACUGAUGACCAAUUAUUGCCUGUUAGUAUUAACUAUACUAUCAAAUGGCGGCAUUGCGAUUAUCUUAUAACGAAAAUGCACGUGCAGUGUGCAGUAGUAGGCAUGCAAGUAUUGAUUGAGUUUUGAUUUACUGGCAUGCAAUACUCAAAUCGACCGAAAACAAACAAAUAACGACUUAAUUUCAAUUACAUAAGAUUUUAAAUCAAUAAGUACGUGUUCAUAUAGAGCGCAAUGAUUGACCGAAAUAUUUUAUUGUCUGAUAUAUAUAUUUUCGCGUUAUGUAAACAUUUUAAAACAUCGGCGUGACUUGUAAAAGUUGUAUUUAGUAUUAUUUCAAAACUUGACGUAAAAAUAAUCGUCCUUACUUAAAAUUUCAAUGCUGCCAUUUGUAUCUAUUGUCAUAAAUAUCAUUCUCAUUGGGUACAUAAUAUCAAUAUGGGUAUUGUUGAUAUGUAAAUACCAGUGAAUUUAAGUAUUACAAACGUUUGCAUUGUGCAUUUUCUAAGUCGCAUUAUAUUUUUAUAUAGACUCGAAUAAAUCUGCCCACACACAUAUCAUCUUUAAUUAUCGUAUUAUGCGUAAAAGCAUACACGGUUUUAUUAUUUUAUUUAUUUUAGAUAUAGCUAUUUUUUUCUAACACUUCACUGUGAUUAAUUUAUACUUCGAAGAUCUAGGUAGCUUUAGAUAAAUCUUGCCUUCCUAACGAAUUUAAUAAAGUCACUGAUGCAUUAAGAAUAAGAUUUAAUUUAUUUCUUACAUUUUGUAGUUUUCCAUUUUAUUUUUCUGUGCCAUUUUAAAUGUAAAGUUACGAUAAGAACAAAUUAACACUUUUAUGAUACAUAAAUGAAAUAUUUUAUUUUUUUAUGCACAAUAUCCUAAGAUUGACAGUAUUGUAUGAUUUUAAUGUUUGAGCGUAUUUUUUAUUAAACUAAAUAAACUUAAUAUAUUCGUAGUGUUAAUAUGAAAAGUGUUCUUCGGUCAUUAAUAAUUUGGGACCUAAAUUUAGGCACGGUAAGAGUAGAUUAGUAGUGGAGUUGUGUUUACGCCGGGCAAAGAUUUACGCCCAUUACACGCCCGGCGUAAACUCGUUUGUGAUUAGUAGUGGUUGGUAUAAGAAUUAUGAUGAUUAAGUAUAAAUUUUCGUACAAAUAUGAAUAUUGUUUUAUACAUUAUCGUAUUUGUCUUUUUUCUUAAAAUCAGGAAAUAUCUACCGUGCCUAAUAAAUAAUAAUGUCAAUAUUAUAUACGUACUAUUAAAUUAUUUUACAUGUAAAAUUGUUUGAUUUUAACGCUUCUCUGUUUUAAUUAUAGUUAUCUUAUUAUCAGCUUGUUUUGGAUUUUAAUUUUAAUGAAUAAUAUAAUUUAUUUGUUAUUUUACUUGUAUGAAUAAUUUGAAUCUAUAAUAAUCACAUAAGUGAUAUUUAAAAUUCUCUAAUAAUUUUUGUUUUGGAUUUAUGAGUUUGAAAAAAUAAUGCUUAAGUUAAUUUGUUUUCAAAUAAUCGACUUUUAUUUAUUAAUUUGGACUUCUUAAAAUAGAAAAAAUAUCAUAUCUGAAGUUCAUCAUUUUGUUAUUGUAUGUGUCACUAACUAGCAAUUAAAAUAAAAAGUACCUAAAUAGCUAUUACACGUUGAUAAAAAAAUGGCAAAUAAAUCAAAAGGGACCUUAUGGCGCCCGUCACUUACGUCAUUAUUGCCGUUGUUUUGUAUUCGAACAACGGCAAUAAAGACCUAAGUGCCAGCCGCCAUAAGGUCCCUUUUGAUUUGGACGGCCACAUAUUUUUUAUUGAAAAAAUAAGCUGCAACUGCCAGCAACAAUCGCGCGCCUUCGUAUUGUAAUGGACGAUAGAUCCUAACAAACUAUAUGAGCUACAUGCCAUUUUAAAAAGUAAAUAAAUAAUUUUACAUUUGGGUGUUUUUUUUUUAAUUUGCUAGCCAGUGUACACCUCGACCACCGUAAUUUAAGUGUGACUGAUCUAGUGUAAGCGUUUGAAUUGUUCAAUUACUCGUGUUCGUAGCCGGUUCAAGUGUAUAUUUUCUACCUUGUGAUGUCUGAAUGUGCUGUGCAUUAUUUUAUGUGAAGAAUAAAGAUUUAUUGACAUA